AUGCUGUAUCUGUGUUGCGCGUGGCAGCUCGGGGAGAGUUGGUUUGAGUCGGGGAACUGCAGCAGGCGCUGCACGUGCUUGGGUGUGGGAGACGUCCACUGCGAGGACUGGGAGUGCGAGGAGCACGAGGUCUGCAGCGUGGAGGACGGCAUCCUCGACUGCUACGCACGAGGAACAACCGCUUCUCCUCCUCUUAUCUCCACAACAACAGCACCAAGACCACCACCGACAGUCCCACCACCGAAACCUGGCGACUGCGUGAUCACUGGAGACCCUCACUACAUCACGUUCGACAAGACGACGCACCACUUCAUGGGCGAGUGCACCUACACGGCAGCCGUCCCGUGCAACCAGAGCUCCACCCUGCCCCACUUCAACGUGGAGACAACAAAUGAGUUCCGAGGCGGCAGCACGGCCGUGUCUUACGUCAAGGAGGUCCACGUGGAGGUCUACGGCUACAGGUUCACCUUGGCCAAAGGACGCCGGGUGCUGGUGAGCGUUACACUGUACCUUCACGGUGCUGUAUACCAGAACUUGCUAACCUGA